GUGGGAACCAGAAUAUCUGGAACAGGGUGGAGCUUGGAUAUCACCUGAACAGGAUAGAUAGAGGCAUACAGUAUAAAUACAUGUGAAUCAUAGCUCUGCAACAGUCAAUUUAACCUUCUCCCGCUCAGACGACUCCUUCCUGCUGGCAUGAUGAGAGCUAUCAUAAUCCUUUGUCUUCUGGAGUUUGAAUUUGGAUAUUCCUGGCAGGGACCCAUAGCAGACGUGUCUGAAAAUGGCAAAGACAGCCCAGAGGAAGAAUGUGUGACAGACCAGGCUUCAUGUGGCUGCUGCAUUAUGCAGCAGCAGAUGCGCAGGAUGGAGAUGUUCUUAAACACAAGCCUAAAUGAGCUGGAGAAAGAAUUGGAAAAAACCCAAAACACCUUCAACAAUAUCAGAGCGAGCCGCAGUGCCUUCUCUGUGGCGCUAUUUAACAGCGAUGAGCUACGGUGCCACGGACCCUUCCGCGAUGACAUGUUCAUCACCUACACUCACAUUUUUCUCAACUUGGGAGGGGGCUACGAUGUGAACACUGGGGUCUUCACUGUCCCUCGCGCUGGUGUAUACAGCCUGGCCCUGACAGUCUACAGUGAUACCGGUUCCCCCGCCAAACUCCUGGCCGCCUGCGCCAGUCUGCGGGUCAACAGUCGAGUGGUGGCCAAUCUUAAAGAAAAAAACACACAAGACCAAGAAGAUAGUGCCUCUGUUGCUGUGGCCCUCCAACUGGAGGUUGGGGACAAGGUGGCUGCCACUCUGCCCGCUGGAUGCUUCCUUUGUGACGACAAAAGCCACUACAACACUUUCACCGGCUUUCUUCUCUAUGCUACCGACUAAGUUAAAAAAGAAUGGAGGUAGUCAACACUGGGCUGAUCUUUGGUCCCAUAUGAACUCUUUGCCUGGUAGCCUUAAUGUCUCCUAAUUGAACUCAUUUCUACUUUGUCCAUUCUACUUUCUGUUCAUUUUCGUUUUGUCCAAUAGUCUUCUUCCUGAUGAAUGUGGUAAUCUUGGAACCAUGACAUGUGCACUUACAAAAAACACAUUAUAGUAAGCAUUUGUCCAUUGCUCUGACCUUUCCCCUUAUGACUUUAUAUAUUUCACUCGGUUCAUGUCAUCAGAUUGUGGUAUAUGAGAUUCAUCUGUAGAAAUGCAAAUAAACUUUGGUUGUCACAA